UUGUAUACCUGAAACUAAUGUUGUGGAUCAAUUAUACCUCAAUAAAAAAAAAAAAAAGAAGGAAGGAACUGAGAAGUUUUCAGUUACUUUGCAUAAAAAAUUUUUGAAUUAUUUUCUAAAUAAGACCCUUUUUUAUAGGUAUAUUAUAAUCAAUAAAGUGGUUUAAGUAAUUAAAAAAAAACAUGGGACCGUGGAACUGUAUAUACAGAUUGCCUGGAUGCGAAUCCUAGCUCUUCCACUUGCUGGCUGUGUUGGCCUUAGGCAAUUUUUUAAUGGCUCUGAGUUUCACCUUCUUCAUCUGUAAAUGGGACUGAUACUAUCCCCGAGUGUUGUGAUUGGGAUAAAAUGAGUUAAUAUUUAUAAGGCACUUAGUGCCUGAUACCAUCAUAGUGAUUUCUAUACAAAUGUUUUGAAAAUAGGCAUGGAUAUUUCCACCCUGACAUAGAAUAAUUUUCACUUUAGUGUUCCAAACAACCAUUUGUGUUUGGCCAAUUUUACCUCUUAAAUAUUUCGGGAAUGCUUGCUCUCUCCUCCUUCUUUACUUCCACUGCCCUGGUUUCAGCACACAGUAACAGUAAACUGCUUACAGUUCUCCAUGCCUUACUUGCUGGUCUUUCCUAUUGCAAUUCUCUGAUUCCCAUGGCACCCCCUUCUUUGGCUUUCUCCUACUUGUUCUCUAUCACUGUUUAUCCUCAGACUACAAACUCCUUAAGAGCAGAAACUGCCAUUCUCCCUGGAUUGUCAGCAUCUAUAACAAUGUCUGGCACAAAGAAAAUACUCAGCAAACGUGUAUUGAAUUAGUGGAUGGUUGGUUGCUGUGUCCCAGGCACUAUGUAGUAGUUUACAGGGGGAUUUUCAUUCAAUCCUACCUAAAACUCUGUGUGAUAUUAAGUACAAUUAUUAUCCCCAGUUUACAAAUAGGAAAACUAAGACCUGGAAAGGUUAAAUAACUUGCCCCUAAAAUACCUAUUUAUAUUCAUAUGGUUAUUCUAUUCUUAUGUGAUAAUCUGUACUUUAUAAUGGUGUGUAGGAACAGAGGAUGCCAGGAAGCCACAGCUGAUAUCCCUGAUGCAUGAAGAUAUGAUAUUCAAUUUUCCUAUUAAAAGCACAGUUACUUUAUUUUUAUGUAGCUUGUUCUCAAAUCACAGUAUUUUUUCUUUAGAUAAUUUUUUUAACAUCUUUAUUGGGGUAUAAUUGCUUUACAAUGGUGUGUUAGUUUCUGCUUUAUAACAAAGUGAAUCAGUUCUUUAGAUAAUUUUUAAUCUUCUAUGAAUGUAAAAAUUGUGCAUAAAGAAAAAUGUGGCUAUUUCUUACAACAAUCAAUUGAUCUGGGGGUCCACUGGAUGCUAUGCUUUAAUCCCAUCAUAUAGUAUAUGUCAGGAGCUUUGGUUAGUAUCUUAUCCAUACAUAAUCAUUUGAAACAGUCAUUCAUGGUUAACUAAAUUUAUGAAAGGUUAUCUACAUCAUUGAAAUCAUGUUUCUCUAGGGCAUUUGUGGAAAGCUGUACAGAUUAAUGAUAGCAGUAGUGGUGGUAGUGGUAGCAACAGCAGCAGCUACCAUUUACUGAGCACCUACCAUGUACCAGGGCUACUAUGCUGUAAGUUUUACUUACAGUAUCCCAUGGAAGGCCUGUGCAAUAGCUUCUGUUGUUUUAUUUUACAGAUGGGGAAACUGAGACUCAGAGAGUUUAACUCACUUUCUUGAGGUCACUCAGCUAUUGAAUAGUGGAACCAGACUGAAAUCCAAAUUUGUGUGUCUCUAAAGCCUGGGGUUUUAGUCCAAGCUAGACUUUGAAGGCUGUCCAAGUUACUUAACCCUCUCUGAGCUUCAGUUUCCUCAUCUGUAAAAUUGAGGGAAGUAACACACCUUGCAGUGUUGCUAUGAAGAUUUGAAAUAAUAGACGCCCAGGGCUCAGAGGCACAUAGUAGGCAUAUAAGCCCUGGUGGGGUGGUGUUUAUGCUUACGUGGGGUAUUAAAUGGGCAGAGGAAGAUCUGAGAUCCCUUUAAAGGCAUUGGGGAGCUGAAGAGGAGGGAUCUACAGCUUUGGCAGGCUUGAGAGCUGGCCCUCUCCCCUCCAGAAUACAAUGACCCAAUGAAACUCUGAGCGACAGGCGAGGGGGCAGGGGCCUGAAUCUGGCUCCAGCAACCUCUGCAGGGAAUCGUGAGAGGGGCGGGAGCUGGGAGGGGCGUGGAAAUCCCGGUUGUCAGAGGACUGCAGGUGUCAGGGAGUUAGUGUAGGUGGGCUCCCAGAGCCUGGCAGAGGGAGGAGGGGAGGCUGGAGCGGCAGAGCCGGCGGGGGAGAGAGGGAGGCGUGGCCCUGAGCCUGGGAGGCUGUCCUUAGACUGCUCUUCUCUUGCCGGGCAGUUUGCUGCAUCUGGAGGAGCUCACUGGAGAAUCUCCAACAGCGGAGUGGGCCUUCAACUACCAUCUCACCACCUGAUGAGGGGCACAGCCCUUCAGGACUCCAGAGGCUCCAUGACCCUGGACAGGCCAGGGGAAGGGGCCACCAUGCUGCGGACAUUCACUCUCUUACUCUUUUGCAUUCGGUUGAGUCUGGGUAUGACACCAAUAGCAAUGAUGCAAUCUCAACCAGAGCUGUGGAUAGAGACCAACUACCCCCAGGCCCCUUGGGAGAACAUCACACUUUGGUGCAAAAGCCCCUCUCGGAUUUCAAGCAAGUUCCUGUUGCUGAAAGAUAAGACACAGAUGACCUGGAUCCGCCCUUCCCACAAGACCUUCCAAGUUUCAUUCCCCAUUGGUGCCCUUACUCAGUCCAAUACAGGUCUUUACAGGUGCUGCUACUGGAAGGAGACGGGCUGGUCAGAGCCCAGUAAAGUUUUAGAGUUGGAGGCACCAGGCCAGCUGCCCAAGCCCACUUUCUGGAUCCAGGCUGAGACCUCCCCUCUUCCUGGAUGUAAUGUUAACAUACUCUGCCAUGGCUGGCUGCAGGAUUUGGUAUUCAUGCUGUUCAAAGAGGGAUAUGCAGAACCCGUGGAUUACCAAGUCCCAACGGGGACAGUGGCCAUAUUCUCCAUUGCCAACAUGACACCUGAGAGUGAAGGGGUUUACAUCUGCCGCACUCACAUCCAGAUGCUCCCUACCCUGUGGUCAGAGCCCAGCAACCCCCUGAAGCUGAUUGUGGCAGGACUCUAUCCCAAACCAACUCUGACAGCCUAUCCUGGGCCCAUCAUGGCACCGGGAGAAAGCCUGAAUCUCAGGUGCCAAGGGCCAAUCUAUGGAAUGACCUUUGCUUUAAUAAGGCGUGAAGACUUGGAGAAGUCCUUUUACCACAAGAGACCAUUAAAAAAUGAGGCAUAUUUCUUCUUCGGGGCUUUGAAAAUCCACAAUGCUGGACAUUACCUCUGUUUUUACUAUGAUGGGUCACACAGGGGUUCACUCCUUAGUGAUAUCCUGAAAAUCUGGGUAACCGACACUUUCCCGAAGACCUGUCUACUUGCUCAGCCCAGUCCUGUGGUCCAAAUGGGUCAGAAUGUGAGCCUGUGGUGUCGAGGGCCAGUGGAUGGAGUGGAACUUACACUCUAUAAGAAAGGAGAAGACAAAACACUUCAGCUCUUGGAUACCACCAGCAUCAGUGAUGAUGAGUCAUUCCUCCUCAACAAUGUGACCUAUAGUGAUGCUGGCAUCUAUAGCUGCCACUAUCUCCUCUCCUGGAAGACCUCCAUCAGGAUGUCAUCACACAACACCGUGGAGCUUGUGGUUGUAGAUAAGCCCCCCAAACCCUCCCUGUCAGCCUGGCCCAGCACCGUGUUCAAGCUAGGAAAGGCCAUCACCCUUCCGUGCCGAGUACCUCAACCAGUACUUGAAUUUUGUCUGGAAUGGGAAGAAAGAGCAACAUCCCCAAAAUUUUCAGUGGAUGGAGACUUCAUCAUCAGUAAUGUUGAAGGGAAAGGCACGGGGACCUACAGUUGCAGCUAUCGCAUAGAGGCACAUCCUAACAUCUGGUCAUAUCGCAGUGAGCCUCUGAAACUGAUGGGGCCAGCAGGCUUUCUCACCUGGAAUUACGUUCUGAAUGAGGCUAUCAGGUUGUCCCUAAUCGUGCAGCUUUUUGCCUUGCUGUUGGUAGAGCUGUGGAUAAGGUGGAAGUGUCGGAGACUCAGAAUCAGAGAAGCCUGGUUGCUGGGAACAGCUCAAGGGGUCACCAUGCUCUUCAUACUCACAGCUCUUCUCUGCUGUGGACUGUGCAAUGGGGUAUUGACAGAAGAGACUGAAAUAAUCAUGCCAACCCCAAAGCCUGAGCUGUGGGCAGAGACCAACUUCCCUCUGGCCCCGUGGAAGAACUUAACCCUCUGGUGCAGAAGCCCUUCUGGCUCAACUAAGGAAUUUGUAUUGCUGAAGGACGGGACCGGGUGGAUUGCAACUCGCCCGGCCUCAGAGCAGGUCCGGGCUGCCUUCCCCCUUGGAGCCCUGACCCAGAGCCACACCGGGAGUUACCACUGCCAUUCGUGGGAGGAGAUGGCUGUGUCAGAGCCCAGUGAGGCACUUGAGCUGGUGGGGACAGACAUCCUCCCCAAACCUGUCAUUUCUGCUUCCCCCCCAGUUCGGGGCCAGGAACUGCAAAUCCGGUGCAAAGGAUGGCUGGCAGGCAUGGGGUUUGCUCUGUAUAAGGAGGGAGUGCAGGAACCUGUCCAGCAACUUGGUGCCCUUGGGAGAGAAACCUUCUUUACAAUCCAAAGAAUGGAGGAUAAAGAUGAAGGCAAUUAUAGCUGCCGCACUCACACUGAAAAGCGCCCCUUCAAGUGGUCUGAGCCCAGUGAGCCCCUGGAGCUUGUCAUAAAAGAAAUGUACCCCAAGCCCUUAUUCAAGACAUGGGCCAGUCCUGUGGUCACUCCUGGUGCCCGAGUGACUUUCAAUUGCUCCACCCCCCACCAGCAAAUGAGCUUUAUCCUUUACAAAGAUGGAAGUGAAAUAGCGUCCAGUGACAGGUCUUGGGCGAGUCCGGGAGCCAGUGCGGCCCACUUUCUGAUCAUUUCGGUGGGCAUUGGUGAUGGAGGGAAUUACAGCUGCCGCUAUUAUGACUUUGCUAUCUGGUCUGAGCCCAGUGACCCUGUGGAGCUCGUGGUGACAGAAUUCUACCCCAAACCCACUCUCCUGGCACAGCCAGGUCCUGUGGUGCUUCCUGGGAAGAAUGUGACCCUGCGCUGCCAAGGGACUUUCCAGGGCAUGAGGUUUGCCCUCUUGCAGGAGGGAACCCAGGUUCCCUUACAGUUUCAGAGUGCCUCAGGGAAUGUGGCUGACUUUCCCCUCCACGCUGUUGGAGCAGACGACUCUGGGAACUAUAGUUGUGUCUACUAUGAGACCACUAUGUCAAACAGGGGAUCAUAUCUCAGCAAGCCUCUUAUGAUCUGGGUGACUGACACAUUCCCCAAGCCAUGGUUGUUUGCUGAGCCCAGUUCUGUGGUUCCCCUGGGGCAGAAUGUUACUCUCUGGUGCCAAGGGCCAGUCCACGGAGUAGGGUACAUUCUGCACAAAGAAACAGAAGCCACUUCAGUGCAGCUCUGGGGAUCCAUCAGUAAUGAUGGGGCAUUCCCCAUCACCAAUAUAUCUGGUGCUAACAUAGGUCGUUACAGCUGCUGCUACCAUCCUGACUGGACCAGCCCUAUCAAGAUACAGCCUAGCAACACCCUGGAACUUAUAGUCACAGGUUUGCUCCCCAAACCCAGCCUAUUAGCCCAGCCUGGUCCCAUGGUGGCCCCUGGAGAAAACAUGACUCUUCAAUGUCAAGGGGAACUGCCAGACUCAACAUUUGUCCUGUUGAAGAAGGGUACUCAAGAGCCCUUAAGGCAACAGAGGCCAAGAGGGUACAGGGCUGACUUCCGGAUGCCAGCAGUGAGCAGUGAAGAUUCUGGGAUGUAUAGCUGUGUUUAUUAUUUGGAUUCUGCUCCCUUUGCAGCUUCUAAUCUCAGUGACUCCCUGGAGAUCUGGGUGACUGAUAAGCCCCCUAAACCCUCCCUGUCAGCCUCGCCCAGCACUGUGUUCAAGCUAGGAAAGGAUAUCACCCUUCAGUGCAGAGGACCCCUGCCAGGUGUGGAGUUUGUCCUGGAACAUGAUGGAGAAGAAGCGCCUCAGCAGUUUUCAGAGGAUGGAGACUUUGUCAUCAACAACGUAGAAGGAAAGGGCAUUGGAAACUAUAGCUGCAGCUACCGUCUGCAGGCCUACCCUGAUAUCUGGUCAGAGCCUAGUGAUCCCCUGGAGCUGGUGGGGGCAGCAGGGCCUGCUGCUCAGGAAUGCACUGUGGGGAACAUUGUCCGAAGUACCCUGAUCGUGGUGGUGGUUGUAGCUUUAGGGGUGGUGCUAGCCAUAGAGUGGAAGAAGUGGCCUCGACUCCGAACCAGAGGCUCAGAGACAGAUGGAAGAGACCAGACCAUAGCCUUGGAAGAGUGUAACCAAGAAGGAGACCUGGGCACCAAUACCAACUCUCCCUCAUCGAUCUCUCAGGGAACCUCAGUGGAACUGCCAGUCCCAAUAUAAUAAUCACCUCCUUGGCAAGAGCUUUCCUCUCCUCUUUUUUUAUCCUCAGAGACCUGCACAUCUGGCUGGUUUCCCUGGGAGUCCACCCCAUCUACUGUUCCUUGGCCACUAAUCACCUGAGAUAGGUCAAGGGGAUUUUAGGAGUUGAGAGCCCUACCAGGGUGAGAUGUUUCCUGAAGAGAGAGUCCCUGCCCUCGUAACUCCUCACUGUACUGAUUUACUGGUGCAUGAAAUUCUAUUAAAAAUGUAUUCUUCUGAAUAAAGAGAGUAUUCAC